CGUUUAGGCGCGCGCGACUGCCGAGCACGAGCAUAUUGUUUUCGCAGUGCCUCCGCAUGUCUCCGUGCACGGUUCCGUUCCUUCCUGGAGCGCAUGCGUUUCUGAUCUACGAGCGCGGAAUUGGCGUACGCAGUCCGCAUGUGCUUAGAGAAAAUUGAUAUCCAAGAAAAGGAUUACACCUGCAGGACAUGGUUUUAUUCAAUACAGUACAGCUUUCUGAUCAACAUACCAAGACAUAAAAUAACCACAUACAAAAGCAGUUGGCUAAUUUGUGAUCCAAGAUGCUUUGUGAAAACAGCUUAUCCCGACUAUGGUAAAGUGGAUGUUGAAGACUUCAUUAAAUACUUUGUACUGCAUGCAAUUCAAAGUAAUAAAUACAACAUUUUAUCAGUAUUAGAGAGAGGAAGAUUAGGAGCAUAUCCUAAUCCAGUGAUACUAAUUGGCUUGAGAACUACUAAAAAGGUUCAGGUUAAGUUAAAUCAUGAUUUAACCAUGGUUAAAUAUACACAUCUUGCCAAGUCAUCAUACUUGUAUCUUUUUGUCGUGGUCAGUAGCCAUAUAUAUUUUCCCUGUUAAAUUUCAGCAUGGCAGGUAUGAAUUCAGGGACUAUAUAUCACUGGAUUUCCUUAAAAGAAAGAGGACAAAUGUAAGAUAAGUGAAAAUCAGAAUUGCAUUUUUUUCAAGUGUAAAGAAAUGUUAUUUUAUUUUAGGUUAUUGUUCACUAGAAAUAAUCUUUCAAUGUAAAAAAUGACAAAUUUCCAGCAAAUUUUGGCAAUGUACAAAGACCUGUUCAGAGCUCUAACUUUAAGUUCUCAGUUAUGCAGCUCUCACAGCUCUGCAGUAGCACAUCUACUAUUGCUUAUUAAUACUUAAUACAAAUUUCUACUCCAUUUUUCUUGAAUUCCCCUUUUUUUCUUCUGUUGAAUUUUGUCUGAGUCUUGGAAACUGCCUAGAUAAGUCCCUGCAAUUUUCUUUUUUUCAGAAUUGGCUUGCUAAUGCCUUCUAAAGGACUGGCCCAAGGUCACCCAGCCAACUUUGUGCAAAAGUUGGCACUACAACCCCCGGUUUCUAGCUUGAUUCCUUAACUUCACCAAAGGGGCAUGUAGUAGUAUACAAAAAGAAAAAAAACCAAGUUAAAAACAUUGGAUCAAUCUGUUGCUCUUAUUGUCUUUCACGUUGAUUUAUAUCUCAUUUUUCUAUCCAGGGAGCAGGUAAAAAGUUAAAAAAAAAACGUAUUUAAAAAUGCACUCGCUUAUAUUGUGGCCCAACAGUUAUCCAUCAAUGGAAAUUUAUUUCUUUGGAAGUAUAGGUAGUCUUUGACUGACAACAGUUUGUUUAGUGACUGUUCAAUGUUACAUCACUGAAAAAAGUGACUUAUGACAGUUUUUCUCACUUAGCAUCUCCACGGGCAUGUGAUUUACAUUCAGAUGCUUGACAAUUCACAUUUAUGAUGGUUACAGUAUCCUGAAGACAUGGAUUCUCCUUUUGCUACCUGACAAGCAGUCAAUGGGGAAAUCAGAUUCACUUAACAUGUUACUAAUUUAACUGCAGUGAUUCACUUAAUAAAAGUGGCAAGAAAAGUUGUAAAAUGGGGCAAAACUCACUUAAAGGAUUUCUCACUUAACAACAUAAAGUUUGGGCUCAAUUGUGGUCGUAAAUUGAGUACCUAUAUUGGCUUGCCUAAAGCUAUCUUUGGCUGAUCAGUUAAGAGAUAUCUUUUCACCCAGGCAUUUAUAGGAUAACUAUGCUAGAAUCAAGAUCACUUCUUAACUUACUUGACUUGUUUUUUCCCCAAGAAUUUUUAAAUCAAUUUAUUAUUGACAUUGAUAAUGCUUUGUUUUGUAUACUGUCUAAAUUACAAGAGAGAGAAAGGCACUAUGCUUCCUGAAUAGUUUUGUUAGAAGAAAAAAAAAUCCCGUGUUACAGCUUCUCACGAAUGCAAGGUACAUGUAUACUUUACAUUAUAAGGUACUUCACUUGUCCUCUGCAACGGAGCUCUUUACUAGUCAAUACAAUAAUUAAAACUCAACAGGUUAAUAUAUGGACUUCGUUAAUCCUUCUUGCGCUUUUUACCAGUAAAGAUUAAAUCGAUGUAAAGCCGAAUAAUAUGGACGGCUGGCAGCAAAAAUGUAAUCAAAUUAGAAGGUGAAAAGAUCAAGGCUGGCGGCCAUUUUGUAAAACGGAUCCAUGUCACUCAGAUAAGAAAAAAAAAAUAACGGCGAGAGAAAGACAACCGUUACUCGCGCGCGGCCGUCUUGGCAUUGGCCAAUCAACUUUAGUCUUUAAAAGAAUGAGCCCUACGGUCACAGCGCUCGCUAGUCCACCCAAUCAGCAGGCGCUACACGUGGGGUCCCUUGUACGAUCCCGCGCACGUCGGGAACGAGGACUACAGCCCCACCCAAUCACUACCUGCCGCCUUCUCCACACCCCUUUUCCCCCUCCCGCUCAGAAACGCUGUGGUGCGGGAGGGGGGAACGCGCGCGCGCGCGCGCAGAAGAAGCCAAUCAGCGUGCGCGCCGAGGAAUCCUCGCGCCGCUGCCUCCUCGCUCUAUUCCCCCUCCCACCUCACUCCCCCCGCCCGCGCGACGUUGCUGUUGCUCCCCACUCGCUCCCCCCUCCCUUCCCGACCCCCCCUCUCGCCGAGCUGAACCCCCUCCCCCGCUCGUUACCGCCGCCAUGGACCCGAGCAACUGGAGCAGCUUCAUCUUCCAGAGUCAUACUCAGAAUCCUCUACAGGUCGGGACUGAAAUCCAGUCAAGAUUUUUUGCUGCUCAGGGCUGUAGUCAAAGUCCCUUCCAGACUGCCACCACAACUGCUCCUCCCCAACAGACAAGUACCCCUGCUGAGUCCCUCCAAGUGGACCUCCUGCCUGUUUUGGCUGCAGCACAAGAAACAGCAGCUGCAGCUGCUGUGGUUGCUGCUGCCACUGCUUCUGCACCAGCUGCUUCCACAGUAGAUACAGCUGCCUUGAAACAGCAGCAGCCUUCUGCCUCCGAAGGUGGGAGUGGGCAGGUAGUGCCACCUACUCAGACCACGCAAGCCCCUACCCCCCAGGCAGCUCCUGCCAACCCACAGGCAGUUGAGGCCCAGAAGAAACCGAAGAGUAAAGGGCCCUACAUUUGCUCCCUGUGUGCUAAAGAAUUCAAGAAUGGCUACAACCUGCGGCGCCAUGAAGCUAUACAUACAGGAGCAAAAGCUUCUCGUGCUGGACCCACAACCAUGAAGAUGCCCACUAUGGUUCCCCUCAGCUUGCUUAGUGUUUCUGCCAUUGGUGGUACAGCCCCAGCAACACCUGCCCCUGCUGAGGGUACUGGAAACACAGCAGGGUCAGGUGCAGGCCUAGUGACCACUACAGCAUCAGGCAAACGUAUCCGGAAGAACCAUGCUUGUGAGAUGUGUGGGAAAGCCUUCCGGGAUGUCUACCAUCUCAAUCGGCAUAAGUUGUCACAUUCAGAUGAGAAGCCCUACCAAUGUCCUGUCUGCCAGCAACGGUUCAAACGGAAGGACCGCAUGAGCUAUCAUGUCCGUUCACAUGAUGGUGCUGUGCACAAGCCGUACAUCUGCAGCCACUGUGGGAAGAGUUUCUCUCGGCCAGAUCAUUUGAACAGCCAUGUUCGACAAGUCCAUUCAACAGAGAGACCCUUCAAAUGUGAGACUUGUGAAGCAGCUUUUGCCACGAAGGAUCGACUACGUGCUCACACAGUCCGUCAUGAGGAAAAGGUGCCAUGUCAUGUGUGUGGAAAGAUGCUGAGUGCUGCCUAUAUCACAGACCAUAUGAAAGUACACAGCCAAGGGCCGAAUCAUGUCUGUGAACUGUGCAACAAAGGUACGGGUGAGGUCUGCCCCCUCGCUGCAGCCGUCUCAGCUCCACCUCCAGCCGCCGUCACGGUGCUGCCCAUGGAGGGAGCUUCGGUUGUGAGCCAAGCCCUCCCCACACAGCCCUGGUGAUUUCUGGGAGUGGGGAGACAGAAGCCAACCCUCCCAGUCCCGUCCCUCUCCCUCAUUGGCAGCUGGAGCCUUCAAGCCCAGAUGGAUAGUCAUUGGCCAUAUAUGGGUUUCUAAUGUAAUGGCAGUUUCAUUCAUUCUCUUCCCCUGCCUGUGCUCAUAAAAUAGUGGAGCUGGGAAAGCAUCUGCUCAGCCAAUGAAGCAACUCUUAUUCAGAGGGCCAUGAAAGGACUUCGUGGAUUUUGAGAGCACCCUCAUUUUAUUGACUCCCUUACUCUAUUACUAUUAACUUGUGGCUCUCAGAACAGUCCUGGAAAUACAUUCAUUUCUGUUGUCCAUGGUCUAAGCCAAAUAAUGAUAAUCUUUAUCAAAGUAGAUCUUGCUUAUUCCAGCAAUGCCCCCUGUUGCCCCCAAAUGAACUAUACAAAAAGAGUGAGACAAUGAGACAGAAUGACUUAGUAAGCUCAGCUCACAGACCAAGGGGGAUUGAAGACUGGAAUAGUUGUGGGAUGUAGUAUAAGCAACAUUGCAGGAGAAGGAGUACUGAGUUAGAAAUAAUGGGUUGGUUGAGGGAUUGACAAAACUUGGGGAACCUACAGAGAAGUUAGAAGGGGGUGCAGGUUGGGAUUUCACAGCAUGUUGGGUGCCUUGUGCUCAUGGCUGAGGUUGUGGGGGCUGCAGUGAGAUGAGAUGGAGAAGGGCUGUACUUCUUUCUCCGUGGCUUCAGUGUGGAGUGUUCUCCAUUUCCGUGCUGAGAAUCUGCUCUGAAUUCCCCUCCUUGCCCAGCGCCUCAUUCUUCCAUGGUGUCUUUUAAUGCUCCAUUUCCUCAGCUUCUCUUGUGAUUUGUGUUCCAAGCGCAUCAGCCCUUCGCACCAAGCAUUGAUGCCCCACCUGCUGAACACCUCCCUUGUUGCAUGCAACCCCCACAGUUCGGGGUUAGAGUCUCUCGCUUUUUUGUAUUAUAUAUAUUAAAAAAAAUCCCCUGACAUUUAAAAUAACCCUCCUUUGUGGGUUUUUUUGUUGUUAACACAAAUGUAAUGAAGCUGUGUCUACCUAUAUCCACUCUCCCUGUUCCUUCUCUUAUAAGCUCCUCCCCCUCCCCAUCCUUUCCUCUUCUGUGAGCCCUUUCUGGAUCUGUGUCUCAGCAGCAAAAGAUUUUAGUAAAACAAUUGAAGGGAAAAAAUCCA